AUGUCGACCUUUGGAGAUUUCUUUCGGGUAACUACCUACGGCGAAUCUCAUUGUCGUUCGGUAGGAUGUAUCGUUGAUGGUUGCCCCCCAGGCAUGGAACUUACCGAGGACGAUAUUCAACCUCAGAUGAACCGUCGCCGCCCGGGUCAGAGCAGUAUCACAACUCCCCGGAACGAGAAAGAUCGAGUAGCCAUACAAUCCGGUACCGAGUUCGGUAUUACACUAGGAACUCCGAUUGGCCUGGUGGUCCUCAAUGAAGAUCAAAGACCUAAGGAUUAUGGAAAUAAGACAAUGGAUCUUUACCCGCGACCCAGUCAUGCCGAUUGGACUUACCUCGAGAAGUACGGUGUUAAAGCGAGCAGUGGUGGUGGAAGAAGCUCAGCUCGUGAGACAAUUGGUAGAGUGGCAGCUGGAGCCAUUGCUGAAAAGUAUCUUAAGCUUGCUUACGGCGUUGAGAUUACCGCUUUCGUUACGUCUGUUGGCGCCGUUCAUAUGUUCCCGCCCACACCCGAAUAUCCGACCCCCAGUCAAAAUCCCGCAUUCAUGGAGCUAAUCCAGAAUAUCGACCGCGAAACAGUCGACAAGUUCUUACCCGUAAGAUGCCCGGAUGAACAGUCUUCGCAAAAGAUGGCAGAUUAUAUAGCCGCAUUCAAAGAACGCAACGACAGCAUCGGCGGAACGGUGACAUGUGUUAUUAAGAACGUUCCAAGUGGGUUGGGAGAACCGUGCUUCGACAAAAUAGAGGCAAAGCUUGGACAUGCUAUGCUCAGUAUACCAGCGACUAAAGGCUUUGAGAUCGGCUCCGGUUUCGGCGGUUGCGAGGUACCGGGAUCUAUCCAUAAUGACCCCUUUAUUAGGGCACCGGAAACUCCUGCCAGCCCAGACACGGGUGCCGGACGGGCUGGAACGCCUAAACCUAAACUUACAACUAAGACGAACAACUCUGGAGGCGUUCAGGGCGGUAUCUCAAAUGGAGCGCCCAUCUACUUCCGAGUCGCUUUCAAGCCGCCUGCCACCAUCAGCCAGGCACAGACUACAGCUACUUACGACGGUGAGUCUGAAGGCGUGCUAGAAGCUAAGGGGAGACAUGACCCUUGCGUAGUUCCUAGGGCGGUGCCUAUCGUUGAGGCCAUGGCGGCGCUAGUAGUUAUGGAUGCGCUGAUGCAGCAGAUGGGACGACACGAGGCUAGGAGACAUCUUCCGCCUCUGAAACAGACGGUACCGCCCGCGGAUAAUGGUGUUUCUAUGGAUACGAAAUAA